GAGGUAAGACGAACCCCUUCGGCAAUUUCCGCCACCGGAGCCCCUAUGAUUUCCGACUGCGCCCAAAGAAAGCGCCGAGCCUCUUCGAUGAGAACGAAGAUUUCCGGAAGCUUGCAGAAACAGAAAUUGCUUCCUGUGAAGAAGAGAUAGCUGAACUGAAACAACAGAUAGUGUUGCUUUUGAUUCCUUCAGAAGAAACAGAUGAGAGUGAUCUUGUCAUGGAAGUAACUGCUGGAGUUGGAGGGCAGGAAGCCAUGCUGUUCACCUCGGAAAUAUUUGAUAUGUAUCAACGAUAUGCUGCUUAUAAAAAGUGGAAAUUUGAAGUAUUAGAAUACUUUCCCAGUGAAAUAGGUGGCCUAAGACAUGCAGUAGCCAGUAUAGCAGGUGCUGAGGCUUACAAAUACAUGAAGUUUGAAGGAGGAGUGCAUCGUGUUCAGCGGGUACCAAAAACAGAAAAACAAGGACGCAUUCACACCAGCACAAUGACUGUUGCCAUAUUGCCCCAACCUACUGAGAUGAGGCUGCAAAUUAGUCCGAAAGAUCUACGGAUAGAAACAAAGCGAGCUAGUGGAGCUGGAGGCCAGCAUGUCAAUACCACAGACAGUGCUGUACGGAUAGUCCACAUUCCAACAGAGUCUACUCAGGAUGCCAGCUCCCAUUCGUCUGCUGGCUCCUCUCCCAUAGAUGACACACAUAAUUAAGAGGCCCAUCCCUCUGGCUCAGGUUAGGAAACACAGCAGGGAUAAAUACACCCUCAAACACUACCUGUUUUUAGCUGUUGUAUGGGGAUUUUUAUUGCCAUUCCUAAGCCUUUUACUUCCCUUUGAGCAAUUCACAACAGCCUUCUUGACUUUCAUUGCAUUUUAACUUUUCCUCUUCUCUACCACAAACAUUAGUCAGGCUUUACAGGGUUUCAGGGUAAUCCUAAGCACUCUUUAUCUUCAUGUAUCCUGAUUUUUGCCAGCCAUUCCUUGUAUCUGUUUAAAACAUCAAUCCAUUCUGCACUCGUUUCAUCACCCUAGUAAAGCAGAAGGCAAGCAGUGGAGAGGUUAAAAUUCUGUUCACUAUGUGGUGAGAAAAAGAUACCCCUGAUAAAAUUGUGCUGGAUUGCCUGUAUGUUUGGAUAAAAAAGCAACAAACUAAAACCAGCAAUUGAUCUUAGUUUUUGCUGAUGGCAGUUAUUAGGGUGUCUAAUAGAAAUCUUAAAGUGUAUUGCAAAUUUUUUGCAGUUACACACAUUUCACAGGGGAGUUCAUACCUCACAUUAGCUUCUGACUUUUUCUUGUUCCACCUUUCCCUUCUUCAUUUGUCUCAUCCUUAAAAUUGUCCUGUUACUUCUUCUAUUUCUCUCAUCAUAAAUCUUUUUAUAAACCUUCACCAUGAUCCAAAAUGUUGUUUAUAAAUAAGUCUUUCAGAAAGUAAUACUAUGUAAUCUUAUAAAAUCAUCCUCUAAUAUUACCAGAGCUACUUUACAAAUCCAAAUAACCACUUAGCUCGUACUGUGUUUCUUCUCCCUGCUUCUAUUUUUGGCUUUUCGUUUCUUAGCUUUAAUUGUCUGUUGUGGGAUGAGAAAGCACACCCUUUUUAUUUUUUUAAAUAAAAUAGUGCCCACUGUUUUAUAUACUGAUCAUAUUCAAAGCAGUAACUGUCUUAAGGAUUUUACUGUUCCUUAAACCCUAUGUUUCCUGGAACUGUGGCCAAAAUUUAUGUGUAAUGAAGGUGUCUUUUAUAAGUCAGAUUACAUCACGUAUCUUUUAUUUCAUUAUUCAUCUAUUGUCCAGGUGAAAUAAAUUUCCACUGAAUUAAAUUUCUUGUCUUAUGGCUUAAAACACCUGUACAACUCAGCUUACACUUCCCUCCCAAAAUGUAUCAUUACUCAUAAAUAAACCUGGACUUCCACAUUCCCAGUCCAAAUGUAAUAGCCUAAUGUAACAUACGAAAAAUCUUCCAGAAAUUGUAGAGCUCUUUUAGUAUGUGUUAAUCUUAAGUGCUAAAUGUCACGAUAUUUU